GCUCGAAAGAAAAGGAGAACGCCGUUUGAGAGUUUGUGGCGGGCCGAGUAUUCCCAUUCAGUUUAUCGGUACAAUUUGUAAGCCACACUUCGCGUUUCUGACAUAACACCCUGUUUACGGUACGAUUUCGUCACGAGUCAUUGCAUCGAUAUGACGAUUGUCUCUUAUUAUCUUUGAUAGUAAACUGAGAAAUUUUCUAAGGAAGAUACAAAAAAUUAAAAAGAAUGAACAUUUAGUGAAAAUAAAUGCGACGGAAGGAAAUGAAUAAAGUCAAACGUAAACGUUUGAUUUCGGGAUUGUUGGAAGAAACCAAUGGCAUAUAACCGAGAGAGAAAGAUAAGUAAAGCUCUCUGGGCGUGAAUGAUAUCGAGGUAUCUAAAACUACAACCAUCGAUUCGUAAGGUGAAAAACGACGGGACGGGAGUGAACUUAAUCGUCUGUGAUGAUCGACACGAAGAAGCUAUCUCUCUCGCACCAUGAACACCUUUUUCAUUUUAUAGUUACACUAGGGAGAACUCGAUCUCCAUCAUAGAUUACUCUUAUCCAUUAUUAUUUCGUCCUUUUCCGAUUGAGAUAAAUUAAUUAUCUCGGUUGUUUUUCGUUCUUUUUUCUUUUUGCUCUUUAUCAUUUUAUAAUUAUUCGAUCAACUGGCAAAUGUAAACGAUUUCGAUCGGCAUCGAAAUUCAAAUCGAUUCGUUAUAUAUGGAAAGUUAAUCGAUGUUAAUGAGACGUGCCAAGGUAACCGGGGGAGCUUCGAGAACUCGCAGAGAAGUGAAAAGAAAAUCUGAGAAAAAGAUUUCUGAAGAGAUAAUAAUAAUCGGCAUUGGGCUUAUCGAUCUAACCCGAGAGGAUAUCGCGAGAGAGUCGACAGCUAUUGAGUUACGGGAAGCAGUUUAUAAUGUCACUUAACACUCCUGUCUUGAUGCAAGCGGUGGUUACUUCAAGAUCGAGACGAGCUCUACCGUAUGUCAUCACGGUUCGCACCUUAACUUUAUUUUCUCGUUGGGAUUACAUCGGCCUGCUCGUUAACCGUUCUAAAUUUCUCGACACUUGUGUACCAUCGUGUUUAGAAAUAACACGAACUAAAAACAUAUCCAUGAGCGUAAUGAAUUUCAAUUGUUAAUUAUUAAGUAAAUUAAUAGCGUUACCAACGAUAUAUGUCGAAGUGUAUUGGAAGAUGGAACGAAAAGAAAGAAAAAAACAAACUAAACAUAUAACGUCGUCCUUUUUCAUUCGACUAUCGUCGAAUGAAUUAAAGUGAUUGAUCGUUCGAUCGUUCAAUUGGAUAUUACAGUCGUAUUUUGUAUACGACUCGUUAAUAACUUCGAAUUUUCAUUAACGCACGUACGAAUAACAAUAAGAUAGGCGCAAUGAAAAUUUUUUAAACCGGGGGAUAGGUGAAUAUGCAAGACGCGCCCGUAUUGCAUGGGGCAUAAGAAAUUCUUCGCCGAGGACGAAAAAAAGAAAGGAGAAAGAGAAAAGAAAAAAGGAGAGGAAGGAGAGAAGAAACGUGAAAAGAAGGGAAAGGUUUGAGAAUUUUUCUCGCGAGAAGAGAUGCUUUCUACGAUGUCGAGCGUCGCACUUGAAUUAAAUUCGUCAUUUUAUACGACCGCCAUUAGAAAUGCCGCUUUGGAUGGAUUUUCAGAAAUCCCAGUUUCACCUUUAGUUUCAGUGAUUGAACCUAAAAAUGCAACUUCGACGCUUUACAUGUUACCUAUGUAUAUUAGGACAACGUCUAUGGUGAUUUGCAUAAUCGUCAUGGCACUUGGUAUAAUAGGAAAUCUCAUGGUACCUUUGGUCGUUCUACGAGGCAAAGACAUGAGAAACAGCACCAAUAUUUUUCUCGUAAAUUUGAGUGUGGCCGAUUUGUUCGUCCUUUUAAUAUGCACGCCGACCGUAUUGGUGGAAGUCAAUUCUGGUCCUCAGGUUUGGCCACUCGGUGAACACAUGUGCAAAGCCGUUCCAUUCGUGGAAUUGACCGUAGCACAUGCCUCGGUUUUAACGAUUUUGGCAAUUAGUUUCGAACGAUAUUACGCGAUUUGUGAGCCGCUGAGGGCAGGAUACGUUUGCACGAAGGCCAGAGCAACGUUUCUUUGCUUUCUUGCAUGGGUGGCAGCAGCCCUUUGUACAAGUCCCAUACUCUUGAUGGUAACCUACGAGUUGGAAGAAAUCGACGAUACGUUUAUACCAACCUGUUACACUUCCGCCGAUGCAACAUGGAUGAACGUUUUCGUCCUUACAACGAUAAUCGUCUUUUUCGUCGUACCAUUGUUAAUUUUAAUGGUACUUUACACGGUGAUAGCGCUACACCUCAUGGCAAAUCCUGCGAUAAGCCGUGGCCCAGCUAAUAAUUUGUUAAAGUAUCGUAAACAGGUGGUACUAAUGUUGGGCACCGUUGUUUUAUGCUUCUUCCUUUGUUUAUUACCUUUUCGAGCAUUGACAUUAUGGAUAAUCGUAGUACCUCAAGAAAUGAUAAUCAAUCUUGGAAUCGAGGGAUAUUACAGUCUCUUAUAUUUCUGUAGAGUAAUGCUGUAUUUGAAUUCAGCAAUUAAUCCUAUUUUAUACAAUUUAAUGUCUACCAAAUUUAGAGAAGGCUUUUUGAGACUUUGUGGAUUGGGCCCUGCAAGGAAAAGAAAGAAAAAGACUUCAGACAGAACCGGAACGUACACAACUGGUUCGACAAACUGUAGUAGCAGUAAUCAUUCUGAUUUCUGGAGGAGGCAUAGCAGCAAUAAAAGUUGCAAUGUUAAAGUACCUAGUAAUACAUGUACUACUGUGUCCAUCGAAAAACAAAUUAAUAUCCCAUUACUCACGGCCGUUGUCACUGGAAAUAUUGUUAAAAAGAAACAGGAAAGUUAUGUUUAAAAACAUUACAAAAGUUUGUAGUAUUCAUUAAUUAGAGAUAUCGUUGUAAAAAUAUAUAUUAUAUUAUUAUUA